AUGAAAACUUUAUCAAGUAUUGAGGAUAUACCCGAACUGUGCAAGGAGAACGUAUACAUUAAAGACAAAGAAAGUUUGUUAAAGAAUAUAAACAAGAUCAUAGCUGAAGGCAAUAAGAAAUUGCAAAUUUUGACAGAUUUUGAUCACACAUUAACAAGACAUGAUGUGGAUGGCAAACCAGUGCUCACAAGUUUUGGAAUGUUUAAGGAGUGUCCCUCAGUACCCCAAAAGUACAAAGAUGAUGAAACAAAGUUAGCCAAUAAAUAUAAACCAAUUGAAGUAGAUGCUGAUAUGAGUAUUGAAGUCAAAGUGAAACACAUGAAAGACUGGUAUAUGGCCUCACAUAAUUUAAUGAAGGGCCUUAAGUUUCCUAGGAAUGAACUUAUGGAUGUUGGUCAUAAGAUGGUUGGUUGUUUCCGGAAAGGUGUUAAUGAUUUGAUUUCUUGGAGCGAGCGUCACCAGGUACCUGUGCUAGUCUUCUCAGCUGGUCUCGGGGAGUGUGUUGUCGCUGCUCUUCAGGCUGCUAAAUUCUUACUACCCAAUGUCAAGGUGAUAUCCAAUUUUCUAGCAAUGGAUGAAAAUGAUAACAUAGUUGGCAUUCAAGGUGAAAUAAUACACACUUAUAAUAAAAAUGAAACAGCUAUAAAACACACAGAAUAUUAUGGUAUGGUUAAAGAAAGGAAUAAUGUUCUGUUAAUGGGUGACAAUAUCGGAGAUGCUGGGAUGGCAGAGGGGAUGGAGCAUUGUGAUGUUGUCAUCAAAAUAGGGUUCCUCGGGAGAAACACAGAAGCCAACCUACAGAACUAUGUGUGCACAUUUGAUAUAGUUGUUGUUAAUGAACAUACUAUGGAUAUAGCUAAUGCAAUAUUGAAACUAGUGCUGUGA